CUACUUUUAUUACUAAAUACAUUCUUUGAUUAUGCCUCCCAAGCUAACUGCAGCCGAGAUAGAAGCUAGAGAUGCAGCAAGACUAAAUGAGUUAGGAUAUAAACAGGAACUAAAAAGAGAAUUAACAUCACUAGGAAACUAUGGUGUUGCAUUAAGUGUUGUCUGCAUUUCAUCAGGGUUGACAAGUUUAUAUGAAUAUGGAUUAACAACGGGAGGACCCGUAGUUAUGGUAUGGGGAUGGGUUAUAGUAGCAUUCUUUACUAUGGCAGUGGCUUUAGCUAUGGCCGAAAUUUCUUCCGCUUACCCUACUUCAGGAGGACUCUACUGGUGGGCAGCCAGAUUAAGCACAAAGAAGUAUGCACCGUUUGCAUCAUGGAUGACUGGGUGGUUCAAUCUUAUCGGGCAGUUUGCUGUCACCGCAGGUAUCAAUUAUGGCAUAGCAUCUAUGCUUGCUGCUGUCAUCAGUGUAGGAACAAAUGGAACUUGGGUUCCAACCGCUGGUGCAACAGUCGGACUUCACAUUGCGAUGUGUUUUACUCAAGGGAUUGCAAAUUCUUUGGGGCCAAAAGUUACAUCGGCCAUAAAUGCCUUUAGCACAUGGUGGCAAGUCAUUGCACCUGCUGUUAUCAUGAUCACGAUGGCCGUCAAGGCACCAACACACCAGCCUGCAAGUUUUGUGUUUACACAGUUUAAUAACAAUACAGGAUGGAGCAGUACAGCCUACGUAGCAGUUAUAGGUAUUCUGCAGGCACAGUUCACCCUAACUGGCUAUGACUCAAGUGCACACAUGUCUGAAGAAACAAAAAAUGCAGAAGUUAGUGGACCUGUAGGCAUGGUCAUGGCUGUCCUUGUAAGCUCCAUCAUGGGAUUUUGCUUUAUAAUAGCGUUUUUAUUUUGCAUUCAAGAUUUAAACGCUACUAUCAAUACAGAUACAGGUUUUCCUGUAAUGCAAAUCAUGUUUGAUUCAGUAGGAAACGCAGGCGCCGUUUGCUUGAUGGUGAUGCUUAUCAUUGCCUGUUGGCAGUGUGGAUUUGCCAGUGUUACAGCUAAUUCCAGAAUGAUAUACGCCUUUUCGCGUGAUGGUGCUAUUCCCGGCCAUAAAUAUUGGCAUAAGAUUGAUCUUAAAAGACAGACACCAUUGAAUGCAGUCUGGCUUUCAGUCAUCGUUGCCUCUUUGCUUGGCUUACCUUCUCUUGGUAACAGUACAGCCUUUUCUGCCAUCACUUCAGUGGCCACAAUUGGCCUUUACAUAUCUUAUGCAGUACCUAUUUUCGCAAAAUUAUUGAACCGUGGUCAUUUUGUUAGGGGACCACUCCAUCUAGGUCGAUUUUCAGACAUCAUUGGCAUCAUUUCUAUCUUUUGGAUUUCACUAAUUACCAUCCUGUUUGUGCUUCCUCCUAAAUAUCCUGUUGAUGCGGUCAAUAUGAAUUAUGCAUGUUUAGCUGUUGGUAUGGUGCUGCUUGGCGCAGGGGGUCGAUUUGCAAUAGACGCUCGAAAAUGGUUUACGGGACCCAAGAUUAACCUACCACAAGAUAAGCUUGAUAAAGUCAACCUUGAACAAGAUAAGAAGGAUAUCCGAGGCUUAUCUUCUAAUGAUAUCGAGAUAGGUGACUCCAAGGAAGAUUCAAGGACGUCAUCAGAGAAAAGUGGUAUUGAAAAAGAGCAAAAGAAAGAAGAUGGCGACAUUAGAGUUGCAGAAAUAGAAAAGAUUGAAUAAUUUUGUUUAUAUGCUAGUCUCUUAUGUAUACACAAUAAAAUGAAUUCAACAACCAAGUUGUGCAAUUUAUAAUAGUAUAAAGAAA